AUGUGUUCUUUUACCAUAGCCACUUCCUUCUCCUCGCUUCUCUCUACUCACUUAGAAACAAAACUUUCUUUUCUCACAAGCAAUUCUCAUAACAAAACCUUUUCUUCCUUCCCAAGCAACUGCCGUAUCAAUCUUGAAAUGGCGUCAACAACAACAUCAACAAUACCAGCUACCGAAGUUUUCCCUAGCGUUAUCAUGCCCAUCACGGUAGUCUUAACCUGCGUUCUUCUCUUGGUCCUUGUCUGCGGAUUCAUCUCUCUCUUCUUCUGGAAAUGUUUUCUGCACCGGUUGUUCUCAGCUUGGACCCGUCAGAGAACGCCCUACGGUGACCUAAUCCACGUCACCACUCCCCCUGAACAGACAGGCCUCGACCCAUUCAUCAUCAAGUCGUUUCCCGUCUUCCUCUAUUCAUCAGCAACAGUGAAAAACCAAUGUACGGAGUGUGCUAUCUGCUUGUCAGAGUUUUCGGAUGAAGACACCGUUAGGUUAAUAACGGUUUGUCGUCACGGGUUUCAUUCAGUUUGCAUUGAUCUCUGGUUUGAGUCACACAAGACUUGUCCUGUUUGCCGGUGUGAGCUAGACCAGGGUCUGGUCGGAUCUGGAAGCCAUGAGUCUUUGCACAACACAGUCACGAUUACUAUUCAAGACCUGAACCAUGACCAAGAGAAUCCUCCUAGCGCUAGCUCAAGCAAACGGCUUACGAGGUUCUCCAGGUCACAUUCUACGGGACAUUUCAUGGUUAAGAUGACGGAUGUUAAUGUGAAGAUUAAAAGAAGACAUUACCAAACAAGAAACAGUGUUAUGUUCGAGGAAUACGCUCAUACCACUAGUUUAAGCAAAAGGGAAGCAUCGGCUUGGAGAUUCUCGAGGUCACAUUCUACAGGGCAUUUUAUGGGUAAGACUACGUAUAAUGAAGCUGCAGAAUACGGGAUGGCUUGGUGAUAUUCAUUAUUACCUUAGCAAAUAAAUUAUUUAUUUGUGUGUGUUUUUUUUUGUCAGCUUUUUGUGUGUUCUUUAUAGCAGUAGAAUUAUUGAUAACUGUAAGAAAAAAAAAGAAAUUGCUCAAAAAAAAAGUUAAAAAAAUAAUAAUAAUUGAAAAACUGUAGUAAAGAUCUAUAGUCAGAUAUCCCUACAAAUAAACUGUAAUAAAGAUCUGUUGUCCUCUAUUGUGUCACCAUCUUCAGGUUUUUCUUUAGAAGUAUUGUUGUCCUUAAUUUGUUGUGUAGCUUCUUCAGUUUCACCGGCACUUAUCAAGCUAGACUUUAGACUGAUGGGUGAUGGGUCUGCCCAUUCAUUCCUAUAGGAGAACGGAGUUGUAAUGAAGAAAUUUUUUCUUUAUCAUCC